AGCCAGGAUUGGAUAAAUGUUACUUGUAUUUCUCUGAUUGCAAACUCCCAGCAUCUGGGAUUUUCAGCUUUGAGUACAGUUUGUAUCCUGCUGAGAUUCAUCUUUUUGGGGAAAGCAAAGGUCAUCGCUUCUCCGGAGUUGCGACUGAUUUGAUUCUUUUUCUCGGGGAGGCGCUGGGAAGGGAAUCCUUAUUGGAAUGCAUAUUGAUAAAGGCUGAGGAUUCUGGCUUCUUAGAUAAGUAAUUUUUUUCUCUCUUCUCUCCCCACAAUGACUAUGUAUUGCAGCAACUCACUGGCUUUUUACCAAAUCAGGAGCUGCAGUAUUUUUCUUCCGAUGGAAUAAUUUCAGCCCACUUCAGCUAGCAUGACAAUCUUAUGUGAUUGUUAUGAGUAGGCGUUUACAUCCUUUUACAUGCUAAUACUGCCACACCUGCUAGUCCCCCUCAUUUCCAUUUCUCUUUUUUUUCUUUUUUUUUUUUUUUUUCAAUGUAAAAACUAAUUUCCCAGAGGAAGGGAAAUCCUGAGAUUCGUGAUCAAUGCUGCAUCGUUGAUUCAUCAACAAAGAAGGGGAUGGCUGAAUGGGACACAGGUAGAGAUUCAAGCAGGCUGCUUCUGACCAGCAAGAGAAAAGCUAGCUGUUGAGCAGCAUAUGUUGCCACUCCAUGUGCUGUAUUAGCUACUUGUUUUUAGCCUUCAGUAGGCUGCCACUACUGCAGCACUAAAGGAAUGUGCCCUAUUGUUAGAAAUCCUGACUGCUUUACACCAAUGAUUUGCCACUGCAAAGUUGCAUGCACCAACAACACUUUAUCGUUGAUGUUUGGAUGCAAGAAAUAUCGUUAUCAAGAUGAGGAUGCUCCGCACGAUCAUACUUUGCCUCGAUUAACCCACGAAGUGAGAGGCCCAGAACUUGUUCAUGUGUCAGAGAAGAACUUGUCUCAAAUAGAGAACGUCCAUGGAUAUGUCUUACAGUCACACAUUUCUCCUUUGAAGGCAAGCCCUGCCCCUAUAAUUGUCAACACAGACACCUUGGACACAAUCCCUUAUGUCAAUGGAACAGAAAUUGAAUAUGAAUUUGAAGAAAUUACUUUGGAGAGGGGGAAUUCUGGCUUGGGAUUCAGUAUUGCUGGAGGAACAGAUAACCCACACAUUGGGGAUGAUCCUGGGAUAUUCAUUACUAAGAUUAUACCAGGAGGAGCUGCAGCAGAGGAUGGAAGACUCAGGGUCAAUGAUUGCAUCUUGCGAGUGAAUGAGGUCGACGUGUCAGAAGUCUCACACAGCAAAGCCGUGGAGGCCCUAAAAGAGGCUGGCUCUAUAGUACGAUUGUACGUUCGUCGAAGGAGACCUAUUCUGGAGACCGUGGUAGAGAUCAAGUUGUUCAAAGGACCAAAAGGUCUGGGAUUCAGUAUUGCAGGAGGGGUUGGAAACCAGCACAUCCCUGGGGACAACAGCAUUUAUGUCACCAAGAUUAUUGAUGGAGGAGCUGCACAAAAAGAUGGGAGGUUGCAGGUUGGAGAUAGGCUUCUUAUGGUAAAUAAUUACAGUUUAGAAGAAGUUACCCAUGAAGAGGCAGUAGCGAUACUGAAGAACACAUCAGAUGUAGUGUAUCUGAAAGUUGGAAAGCCCACCACCAUUUACAUGACCGAUCCAUAUGGCCCACCAGAUAUUACUCACUCUUAUUCUCCACCAAUGGAAAAUCACAUACUCUCUUCUGGAAACAAUGGCACUUUAGAGUACAAGGCAUCCCUGGCCCCUAUCUCACCGGGAAGAUACUCACCCAUUCCAAAGCACAUGCUUGUGGAGGACGACUACACCAGGCCUCCUGAACCUGUUUACAGCACUGUGAACAAACUGUGUGAUAAACCACCUUCUCCUAGGCACUAUUCCCCUGUCGAGUGUGACAAAAGCUUCCUUCUUACAGCUCCCUAUCCCCACUACCACGUAGGCCUGCUCCCUGACUCUGACAUCACCAGUCACUCCCAGCACAGCACUGCAACGCGUCCACCCACAGUGAGCUUGCAGCGGACCAUUUCUGUGGAAGGAGAGCCUCGAAAAAUCAUCCUGCACAAGGGCUCCACAGGACUUGGUUUUAACAUUGUGGGAGGAGAAGAUGGGGAAGGCAUUUUCGUGUCUUUCAUCCUAGCAGGCGGGCCUGCCGAUCUCAGCGGAGAAUUGCAGAGAGGAGAUCAAAUUUUGUCUGUGAACGGUAUUGAUCUUCGAGGUGCUACCCACGAGCAGGCUGCAGCUGCGCUAAAAGGAGCCGGGCAGACGGUAACAAUCAUAGCACAAUACCAGCCGGAGGAGUACGCUCGGUUUGAGGCAAAAAUCCAUGACCUGCGUGAGCAGAUGAUGAAUCACAGCAUGAGUUCUGGGUCCGGCUCCCUGAGGACUAAUCAGAAGAGGUCACUGUAUGUCAGAGCCAUGUUUGACUAUGACAAGAGCAAAGACAGUGGCCUCCCAAGCCAAGGACUCAGUUUUAAGUAUGGAGACAUCCUUCACGUCAUCAAUGCCUCGGACGAUGAAUGGUGGCAGGCGAGGAGGGUCACUCCUGAGGGGGACAGUGAGGAGAUGGGAGUUAUACCCAGCAAGAGGAGAGUUGAAAGGAAGGAACGUGCACGUUUGAAGACAGUGAAAUUCAACGCAAAACCUGGUGUGAUUGAUGCAAAAGGGUCAUUCAAUGACAAGCGUAAAAAGAACUUCAUCUUUUCACGAAAAUUCCCAUUCUACAAGAGCAAGGAGCAGAGUGAGCAGGAAACAAGUGAUCCAGAACGAGGCCAAGAAGACUGCAUCCUUUCUUAUGAACCUGUCACACGACAGGAAAUUAAUUACACCAGGCCGGUUAUUAUUCUGGGUCCUAUGAAAGAUCGGAUCAACGAUGAUUUGAUAUCUGAAUUCCCUGAUAAGUUUGGGUCGUGCGUACCACAUACCACACGGCCAAAGCGUGACUAUGAAGUGGAUGGGAGAGAUUAUCAUUUUGUCAUUUCAAGAGAACAAAUGGAAAAAGAUAUCCAAGAGCACAAAUUUAUAGAAGCCGGGCAGUACAAUGAUAAUUUAUAUGGAACUAGUGUCCAGUCCGUGAGAUUCGUGGCAGAAAGGGGCAAGCACUGUAUACUUGAUGUGUCAGGAAAUGCUAUCAAACGACUACAAGUUGCACAACUCUAUCCCAUCGCUAUCUUCAUUAAGCCUAAAUCAUGGGAGCCUCUGAUGGAAAUGAAUAAACGUCUUACAGAGGAGCAAGCAAAGAAAACCUAUGAUCGAGCAAUUAAAUUAGAACAAGAAUUUGGAGAAUAUUUUACAGCUAUUGUCCAAGGAGAUAGCUUAGAAGAUAUAUAUAAUCAAUGCAAACUUGUAAUUGAAGAACAAUCUGGGCCUUUCAUCUGGAUUCCUUCAAAGGAAAAAUUAUAAAUUAGCCACUGCACCUCUGAUUAUGACGGGAGAAUAUUUAGAAGAAAACUAUAAUAUACUAUUUGGAGGCUUUCCUGUUUUUGUUGCAUUUAUGUUCUUUGCAGUCAAUGUGAAUUUUGAUGAAUGUACAACACAAAGUGUUUGAAGCCAUGAAGGACACUGAUGGGUCAAAGGGUAGGAACAAAAAGACUUCUACCAUAUAAAGCAAAUCUGUUGUGUGCUCAGACCACCAGUUGUAGGUAUAAACUUUUGACCUGGAGACCCUCUGUCAAGGGGAGCUAGCCACCUCCUGUGCCCACGCGGACAAUUUAAUCGAUUUCAAUGGCUGAGCUCAGUGUGUUGAUUGCUUUAAAGAGAAGUUCCCAGCUCUUGAACCUCAUAUAGGGCUUGAUCCUGCAAGGCGCUCAGCACUUGACCCCAAUUCCUACACGAGUAGCCUGUUGACUUGGAGUCACUUGUGAUCCUUCCCUAUGCUGUUCAGUCCCAUCUGUUCCAGUAGGACUACUCAUGUGCUCAAAGCUAAGCACGGGCUUAAACGUUUUGCUAGAUCAGGGCCUCAUGCACCUUGCAAAAUCAAGCUCAGAGUACUUGGUCCACUUCCUACUGAAGUCAUUGGUAGGACGCUCUUUGACUUGACUGGGAGGUGGAUCCUAUUCUAAGCUUGUCAUUGCACAUUUGUAGUUGGCACACCUCGACUUCGGUAACUAUGCACAUCUUUUGAUUUCUGAAACCAAGUCAAGCAUUUCUUUUUUCCCCUUUGGAAACACUAUUGCAUCAGGAACUAAUAACAAUAUAGUUUAUUUUAAUGGAGUUUGGGGGUGGGAGAGGAUGGAAGCAUUUCACAUCACACACAUGUGCACACAAACACAUUCCCAUGUGGACACACACACGUAUGAGGAUUCACAGCACCUAUGUAGACAAGGAGGGAUACAACUGGGAAAAGCUUUAAAAUUUUUGAUUGUCUAUUUUAUCAUUUAUAUUGAUAGAAGGCACUUAAAGAUGGAAUAAUUUAUAAAAAUAAAAAUAUAUUGAUGUAUAGAAACUAAUUUCUAUAGGUAAAAAUGUUUUUGUGAGAUAUUUUGUAAAGAUUAAUUAAUUGAAAGAUUAAAUAUUUACACCCUUGUGCGACUGUAAAAUGUAAAGAGGACCAUCAAGUUGCAUUAUCCCUUUUCCGUAACAGAUUCUCUAUUAUUAAUGACAAGCAAGAUAAUUCCUUAAAUUGUAGUUGUCAGCUUGUUUUUCUCUCAAUUAAAUCCUCUCCCUUGCCUCUAUUUAAUCAUGAUGAACUCCUGUGGAAAGAUCUCUUGAACUGGCUGCCCUGUAGGACCUUUUCUGAACACAAAAGGAUAAUGCAUCUUUAAACUGAAAUGGAUGAUUUUUCAGAAGCAAAAUGUCAGUGCUUGAAUGCAGUUAACAAUUUCUCUCUUAGAGGGAGUCACACUUCACCCCCAAAUGUUUCACGAUUCCUCCUGUUUCUUUAAAAGAAAUACCAAAAGCAUUUGAUCUUUCCCCUCUUUUUAGGCAGGUAGGUCCCCAACUUGUAUCUUCAUUCAUUUCACAGUCAACAAGGGUCUUAAAAGCAAAAACUGAGGCAAUGGACAUUUGUGAGGGAUUUGGGGAAAGUCUGUGGAAUUGCAGUUUGGGGUGCAUGGAAGGGGAGAGAGAGGUAUUUUUUUUCUCAUUUCACAUUGCCCUUCCUUUGUAUACUGAUGCCAUUCGUCACUCUGACACACAAGGGGACAAAUGCAAGAGAUAUUACGAUAGCAAACUGAAUUGCCUUUGCUGCUGCUGGACCAAGUUUUCUAUAAAACCCACGCUCUCCUGCCUGCUGCGCCGCAGGAGUCCAAUACUUAUUAGCUGGUGGCUACAGCAACCCUAAUGUUUAAGGACAUUUUAAGGGCAAAUGCUAAAUAGACUCCUCAGUUACUUGUCUAUUAGAAGCUUACAUUUCUACACCCUGUCAAGCUGACAGGUAUAUCCAGCCAACCUCUGCGGAGAGCACGACUAGCUGGAUGUUUGUAUUAUAGCCACCAGCGGUGACAGGGUUAAAAAUACGGGCAUUUUAGUGGCCCUGAGGUGGCCUCGCUUGCUGCCCUACUACAGUAACUUUGAGAAGUUCAUACUUCUUUUACUACUAUUUUCUUGCCUGGCCAGCGCAGAUGUAUAAACAAGGGUUUCAGUUAAGUCUCCAAAACAGCUUUGCAACCAGAAGGGCUAGAAACUUUUUUUUACAAAAUAUAAAUUACUUAAAGCUUUGAUUUUGGAUAAGUCUGCAGAAAUCCACAGAGUGACCCCAGAUCUUUGGAAGCAAUGGAUUCCUCCAUGCUGGCAAAGUACUAUUGCCCCAGGCUGGGAAAUAGCCCACCAGACCUGAAAAAUCAAGUAUCCUAAAGCAGGAACUUCAUUCUAAUCUUCAGCUCUGUUUUUAAGCAAUCAAUCACAUCUGCUUCUUUGUUUCUUAGUUCAGCAUGCAGCCUUUUAUGGUACUAUCCUACUAGUAACUGUUUUGCUUUGUCAUGUGCUGUGCUUUACGGUGAACAGUAACACUAUGGCUGAGUACAAUCAAUUUUUCCACCAGUCUUCGGUUACUGUAGUAACAUUAUUUAUUUUUCCCUGUCUGUUGUUUGUGCUUCCAGUUUAGAGUUGCCAUUGCACUUCUUUUUUUUUUUUUUAAAUAAAACAUAUAUUUAAAAACAAUUCAUCGAAAGAAGCAGUGAGAGGUCUUAUUUCCCUUAGGACUUGUACUCCCAUUCGUUUUGUGCGUUGAUGUUUUGCGUUUCAUGUUUCAGCAUCCUUAGAGCUGCAGUUCUUUUUUGCAUUGCAGCUGUUCAGAUCAUACUGGGUGGUAAUGGGAGGAGGAAGAGAAGCAUAAGAUUAAUGAAAAAUUACAUCUGGUGCAAAAAACCAAAAAACUCCAAACUCACAAUCCAUAGCAAUGGCACCUAAGACCAUAUUGGUGCUAACACAGCUUAGCGUAAUCAGAUUCCUUUUCUGUCCAUGUAAAAGACUUGAGAGCAUCUAAACGUGAGGCAAAUGCAAAUGCUGGACCCUUUAGGAAAAGUGCCAGAUCACACCCCUGGUGCUAUUUCUUAUGUUCUGGCACAGUGUGUAGCACCGUAGGGUCUAAGCAGAACCAAAAUGAUCACAGUUCUUUGUCCACCCAUGAAUGAUCACAAUGGUAUCUUGCUAGCUUUGUGCAGAUGUGCAAUAUUACAACCUAUUUAUUUCUCCUUGCCACAAAGCAUCUUCCAUGCACUGACUCAUUGAGAGCUUGCUAACAGGGCUCAGUGAAACGGCACUCUUUACUGGUCUUAUGGUCUGACCACUGACCAGUGAAGAAGCCUCUCUCUUGCUUAAUUCCCCCUUCCUGCUGUGCUGGUUUUGGCUGGGAUAGAGUUAAUUUUCGUCAGAGGUACCCUGUCCAUGCUAGCGCUUUGUAAUUUCUUUGGUAGUAAAGGUUGUUUCUAGAUAAAUAUUCUGUGGUGUAAUUGUGUUUGUAGCUAGCAUGGUUUGAUGCUCCAGCAUGGAUAGGGUCCUAGGAACCACCCUGUGAAAGUCAAGGAUAAGAAAUCUCUCCAUUGCACUGAAAUUUCAAAUCCUCAUCCUGGAGAGCAGUGUUGGACCUGAGCUAAUAACCACUACGAGCCAGAGACAGUGUCCUAGUUAUACAAUGUCCACCUACCUAUUUACAUUAGUUUUCUGUGGAGAAAUUGUUGGUGUUACACCUUCACUGUUACUUGCUCAUCAGCACUCAAAUUCUAUUUUUGCUUUGGUUUUCUUAUAUUUUAAUUUUUGUUUUUCAAAUUGUAUCCCUGACCAGAGGAUUCAGUGGGUGACAACACACAAGGAAAUUUGUAGGAAAAACAGUGUUAAUGAAAAAAGUCUCAAUCUUCUUUUUAAGCUGCAGAUUUAAAGCCAUAAUAUCUGCCGUGUUCACAGAAAGUGGUCUUUUAUCCUUCACAGCUUUUAGUCUCAACAUUUUUUCUCUUGAACAUUUUGUCUGCCAUGUUAUGCAUGCGGUUCACUGUGCAACUGCAUUCAUGUGCUCAAGCCCAUGCCUUGACGGAAUAAAUGUAUUUUCCUAUUCCAUUAAAAAUCAGACAUCUUGUCAAUUAGUUCAGAAGUAAGAAUGAGGUCAUCGAGUUAAAAAAAGGUUCCCAUUUUAGGGCACAAAUCAACAUCAAAGCUAACAGCAAAUAACAUCUAAAAUCUAUUCAGCGUAUAGCUAGCCUAGAUCCUUAGCUGGUGUAAAUCACAGUCAUGCCAUUGAUAUCAGUGGAGUCCACCCCAUUUACACCACCUGAAGUUACACUCUGUCCUCCCCGUUACACCAAUUUUUUAGGAUGACUGUAAAACACCAAGGCCACAUGAUAAAACAACAGCUCAGCACUUUCUAUCAUCAUUUAUUGCUUAUAUUACUGUAGCACCCAGAGGGCUAAGUCAUGGGCCAAGAUCCUUUGGAGGUAGGUGCUGUGAAAUUGCUGUACAAAAAGGCACCCCAUGGGCCAAAUGCAGUGGCCAGACUUUCAGAAGGCUUCAGCCCCACUGACAUCUCACCAAGAGCAAUAGGAACCACCACCCCGUUGGCCUUUUUGACACUCUGUCUUUAAGGUGAGGAGCAUGAGACGUGACCCAUCAUCCCUCACACCGCGUUAGCAGCUUACACCAUCUGGCCCAGACCUACAGCGCAGGCAACUUGCCGUGGUGUAAAACAGCAUUUCUGGGGAUGGGCAGCAGCCAGCAUCCUAGGCAAGAUCUU